GGAGGUCAGUGGAACGCUGAACACCGUCCUCAAGUCAGAGACCGACACAGAGACUUUAACUGUAACACAAAGGAUUUUACACACAGGAUCUGACCAUAGGUCAGACCCGGAGAGACUGGGGCUGGGGGGACUGGGGUGUCCUCCUGUUCCAAGCUCAGAAUAUUUACUCUACGGUAACCCGAGCCAAAGGAAGGUUCAUUCCAAUCCUGAUUCAGGUGAUGUGUUAAAUGCUGGCGAUGAUCCGUGUUGUUCUUACACUACAGAGAUGGACCCUGGCAACAUGCCCUUGGGUUUAGAGACACAGACUGAUCUGUCUAGAGGGCACUGGAACCAGUGCAGUAGUGGUGUGUACUCUGAAGGGUGCCUAGAUAAGAAAGGGGAGGGUCUGGUCGGAGAUGAAGUGACUGUGAAAGUGGAGGGCGACGUUCCUCCCACAUGGAAUGCAGAUAGUCACCUAGGCGACGGACACUCACAGGGCAGAGAUUUCUUAGAUUACAGGGAAAGCUUAGUGUCCACGUCGAUGGGGCCUUCCGAUUCACACGGGUGUAUCCUUUUCGAUCAGGUAUUGAACUCAGAUGACAGGACUAGAGCCCAGGCUCGGGGAGGGGGAGCAACAUCAGGCAGUAGUAAAGAGAAACGGUUCCUCUGCAUGUUCUGUAACAAAGGCUUCAGCUGCCUCCAGAAGGUGGAGAUCCACCAGAGGGUCCACACAGGAGAGAAACCAUACAGCUGCCCCCAGUGUCACAUGCGCUUUGCCCAGUCUGGCAGCCUGAAGAGGCACCAGAAGAUCCACACAGGAGAGAAACCCUUCAGCUGCCACCAGUGUGAUAAGAGGUUCUCCCGCCAGCACCUGCUGAAGACGCAUCUGAAGGUCCACACAGGAGAGAAGCCGUUCGCCUGUACACACUGCGGGAAGAGGUUCUCAGAGAGGAGCUACCUCAAGAUACACCAGAAGAAAAACCAUUCCACUCUAUAGCUUCUGACUUGUUGAUCACCUCCUGCAUUAAAAACAAACAUUGAUUGUCAUUGUUGUCAAGAGAAAAGAUCCACAGAUGCAUUUGGAUUAACAAGAUUAACAGAUUUCAGUGUUGAAUAUUCAACACUAUGUAAAGUUUCCCAACUGGCGGGUGAGUUUUCUGAGCAAUUAAAACUAAUACAUUCGUAUAUGGUUUUUAUUGACAUAAAACACCAGCAAAUCAGGUCCAAUUGAUUUAAAUUUUGGAAAUCUCUUCCAAAGUAUUCCCAUGCCUAAUAGAAAGAUAUAUGGGAUCAUAUACAAAUUUAAGCAAGAUUUGAAAUUAUUAUAUUUUCGUCAAAUAUAUCUGUUUGAGCUUCUUGCGGUCAAUUUGCAGUCUACAAAUUAUGAUUAUGUUCCGGCCCCUUGACCAUCUGCAAAAAAGAUCAUCGGCCCAUGGCUGAAUCUAGUUGAUGAUCCUUGACUUAGAUGCACAAAGUAAACUACAGUAGUGGGUUAAUUUCCGCAACAACGAAGAGUGUUGAAGCACGAGGCUAAACAAGUAAUAAUGUGAGUAACAAAUUUCAGUGUUGAAUAUUCCUGGGUAGAAUAUUGCAUCCAGACAUUGUGUGAUAUUUAAGGCAUAUAUAAGCCUAAUGAAUCUGUUUCAGAUUGUUUGUACUGUACAUUUGAUGUUAAAAAUGCAUUACUUCCAUUCAACCACCAACAAAAAUUCCCCAAGACACUUUUAAUGAGAAAAUAAACGCAAUUUAUCAAGUAAA